CAGCCGCGCCUGGCCAAGCCGGCCGACCCGGGCCCGACGGCGGGCCUCUACAUGGAGAGAUCGCAGAGCCGCAUCAGCCUGUCGGCAUCCUUCGAGGCCCUGGCCAUCUACUUCCCCUGCAUGAACUCCUUCGAUGAGGAUGAUGGGGUGGAUACAGAGGGCAGGAAGAUGAAGGGGGGCAUCCAGAGGAGCACAGAGACCGGUCUGGCCGUGGAGAUGCCGAGUCGGACAAUCCGACAGGCGAGUCAUGAGUCGAUAGAGGACAGCAUGAACAGCUACGGCUCCGAGGGAAACCUGAACUACAGCGGCAUGUGUUUGGCAUCGGACACUCAGUUCAGCGACUUCCUGGACGGGAUGGGGCCCGCCCAGUUUGUUGGGCGACAGACGCUGGCGACAACAUCCAUGGGUGACAUAGAGAUUGGACUGUCAGAGAGGAACGGGGGUCUGGAGGUGGAGGUGGUCCAGGCCAGAGGGCUCACCAUGAAGCCGGGUUCAAAGGGACCUCCAGCGGCCUACAUCAAAGUUUACCUACUGGAGAACGGGAUCUGUGUGGCUAAGAAGAAGACCAAGUCGGUGAGGAAGUCUCUGGAUCCGCUCUACAACCAGGUCCUGGUCUUCUCGGAGAGCCCGCAGGGGAAAGUCGUGCAGGUAAUCGUUUGGGGCAAUUACGGACGCAUGGACCGCAAAUGCUUCAUGGGCGUGGCUCGGAUCCUAUUGGAGGAGCUGGACCUCAGCACGAUGGUGAUUGGCUGGUACAAGCUCUUCCCUACCUCCUCCAUGGUGGACCCAAAGAUGGCGCCGCUCAUCCGCCACUGCUCUCAGAUGUCCCUGGAGAGCACCAUCGGGCCGUGUUGUGAGCGGUCGUAAGACUCGCGCUUAAAUGUGAAGGUUUGUUGAUGUGACUUUGAUUUCAUUCAGUGUCUACAGAGUCUUUAGACACAUUUCAGACCCUGUAGCUGCAGGGUCGGGUCACCCUGAGGUGAAGAUAUGUGCGAAGUAUCUUACUCGAGGGCACUUGGGACUGAACCUCCCCUUGACUGAAAAGUGACCUCACUAAUUGGGGGUCAUUUCCGCAGCCAUUAGAAAAGAACUGUAAUUCUUUUGAUAUUUUAUCCGACUGUUUCCUAACACUUGAGGGAAACCACUUCUUUUGUUGUUGCAACCGACCGCCCCUCUGACUCAGAGGGAAAUUUAGCUCUCUUCACAUCUCUUUGAUGAAAAACAAAAACCCACCUAAUGAGGAUGCUUCAAAGGAGGGCUCGGCUACUGACAUUGAUCACAUCCUUUUGGGACCACGAUACACUGCAGGCUCAGCUUUGCUUCAGCUUUGCGCCUUCUUCAACUUUGGAUUCUUAUUACCAGGACUGCUUGUUGUCUCUCUGUGUUGACAGCUCAGUCCACAAGCCCUAAAAGGAAGUGACACUGCCCUCAGCCUGUUUAAGUGCGGCCCGGCGAGAUAGCAGACGACUUUUUGAAGCCUAUUUGUUGAAACAAACCAAGACAUUUUGGUUCUGAACACUCUGACUUGAGCUAUUUUUUGUUGUUUUCUUUUUGUGUCACACAUCUGGUCCUUCAGUGUUCACUCCAUUUUUUAUUAUCUUUAUCAGAUAUGAUAGGAAAGUAUGAAAUCUAAUCUGGUCUUUUAGAAAUAUCUAUAUCUUUACAUGAUCUUGAGAAUCCAGAGUGCUGCUUCUUCUCCAUUUUACCAGAUGUUUGGACCUUUUCUGAACUAUCAAAAGUGGGCUUAAGGGUCUGAAAUUGACUACUACCACUAUUUAGUCUCCAUUAUCAUCUAUAAGGUGGCUUUUGGGAACAACAGCAUCACACCACAG